GAAGUGGUUUGGUUGGGGUAUACUCGUCUGUUGGACGACCACGGAGUGUUACGGUGGACUCUGAGGAAGUGGAGUACCGGUGUGAUGGGGAAUCCGGAAUGGUAACAUUUACAUUAGGAGUACCGGAGAAGGAAUUGUAUCUUUGGGACGUGGUCAUCCAGCUUUGAAUUGGGUGCUUGAGUCUUGUUGAAGAUGCGGCAGAGCAUGCAGGUGCUAUUAUGUUCGCCAUUAAAGAUAAGCUGAUGGAGUUCGAUGAUGAAGCUGAGCACAGAAGACUUUUCAGAGUAGAGACAAAUUCCCCACAAAGAAAGGCAGUUUUCUCGUUGGAGCAAGGAGGAUCCCUUCCAGGCAAAACAACAAAGAACAGCGUCAUCCAGAGCUUCAAGAUCGUGAUUUUGUCCAAUAAACUCAAUCUUUUGUUGCCUUUUGGUCCUCUAGCAAUACUAGUCCACUACUUGACAGAUAACAAGGGAUGGUUUUUCUUACUGAGCUUAUUAGGAAUCACACCAUUAGCUGAACGUCUUGGAUAUGCUACAGAGCAAUUGGCUUGUUACACAGGUCCAACUGUUGGAGGCCUCUUAAACGCUACAUUUGGAAACGUGACAGAGCUGAUUAUAUCCAUUAUAGCUCUUAAAAAUGGAAUGAUACGCGUUGUACAACUGACGCUGCUCGGCUCCAUUCUGUCUAACAUGUUGCUCGUACUUGGCUGCUCUUUUUUCUGCGGUGGCAUUGUAUUUUCUCGCAAACAGCAAGUCUUUGACAAAGGGAAUGCGGUUUUGAAUUCGGGAAUGCUUUUGAUUGCAGUGAUGAGUCUACUCUUCCCCACACUUCUUCAUUACACGCAUAGUGAGGUUCAUGCUGCUUCAUCAGAGCUGGUUCUUUCAAGAUCAACCAGUUGCAUAAUGCUCGUUGCCUAUGCUGCUUAUCUCUUUUUCCAGUUGAAAAGCCAGCCAAGUUUUCUUACCGAGAGCGAAGAAACUUGGGAUGAUGAUGAAGUUCCUGAGAUAUCCAAGUGGGAAGCUAUCAUCUGGCUUCUAAUCUUUACGGCUUGGGUCUCUCUUCUUUCCGGUUAUCUUGUCGAUGCCAUAGAAGGUGCUUCAGUCUCAUGGAACGUACCAAUAUCGUUUAUAAGUGUCAUCUUGCUUCCUAUAGUUGGUAAUGCGGCCGAGCAUGCAGGUGCUAUUAUGUUUGCCAUGAAAGACAAGCUGGAUCUGUCCUUGGGAGUAGCUAUUGGAUCUUCAAUUCAGAUUUCUAUGUUUGCGGUUCCUUUCUGUGUGGUCAUUAGUUGGAUGAUGGGUGAACAAAUGGAUCUGAAUUUCCAGUUAUUUGAGACAGCUACACUGUUCAUAUCCGUUAUAGUUGUAGCUUUCUUUCUCCAAGAAGGGACAUCUAAUUACUUCAAAGGAUUGAUGCUGAUUCUCAGUUAUCUGAUAGUCGCGGCUAGUUUCUUUGUACACCAAGAUCCUGAUCAAGAUGAUACAUAGCCAUUGCCAAGAACACAAAUCUGGUGUGUGAACUGUGAAGCAGUUUGUAUACUAAAACUUCAAAGCCGAAUAGUAUCACCAACACAAGAUCUUACAUGCAUGAAACCAUUAAAGAUUCUGGAGUUUGUUUAUAUCAGGGAAACUGAAAGUUGUCCCUUUUACGCUUUUCGCACCUUUAAAUACUACUUUCCUUGGGGUUUAGGGUUUGUAAGCGAUCAUCAUUAAACUCGUUCUUAUUUUUAUUUUUAUUUUUAUUUUGUUAA